CGCAGAUUAUGUUCCAGGAGGUGUCAAAAAAUAUCGUCCAUCGAACACUGCGUCGCGCAAAAGGAGAGAGUUUGCGGAAAAGCGAGCAGACAUCAUGCGUCGACGUGCGGAGCUAAGGGAGCAAGAGGCGGUUAAAUAUGCCGAGCAGUUGGCGAAAAAGGAGGCGGCCGCAAGUACGAGACUGGCGUUGCUAGAGGACAGAAGAUUGGCGAUGGUCGAGGACAAACGGAC